CUUGAAAGUGCAACACACGGCGGAAGUAAACAUGCUUGAAUGACUUCACUCUUGAGAAAAAUUACAGCUUCGUAUAGACUUAUCUUUGGUACUGACCCAGCUAUUUAGUAUCUAAAAAGACAAGAGAAAGGAUGUAUUCAGAGGAGAGUUUGCGAGAAUUUGUCACGGAGCGACUAACGGCUGCUGCUGAGGACAUAUUUGUAGUUUUUAAGAAAACUAUCAUAGAAUACGAGGAGAAGAUCGAGCGACAGCGCAAACUGCUGGAUAUCGUUUGGAAACCUGACAUUAACGUGUACAGAAUAAAGCUCCCUCAGCAACCUAUCUGUAAGGAAGAUGAGGGUCUGGUUGACCCAGAGGGGACCUUCAGUCCAGUCCUAGAGGAAGCAGAGCCUCCACGGAUUAAAGAGGAACCAGAGGAACCCUGCAGCAUUCAGGAGGGAGAGCGGCUCAUACUGAAGGAGGAGACGGACGCGUUCAUGUUGACUCCUGCUUAUAAGGAAAGUUACCACAGUGAACCACAACUUAAACGUGGACACAUGCCAUUUUCUUACAACUCUCACGUUGCUGAGAAUCAAAGUCUUGAAGGAAGUAAACAUGAGGACUCGGAACCAAACAGAAACAAAGACCCCAACAUAAUUCCCCAAAACAGUCACAACACUGACGUGUCAGGGGUUCAUUUUGGUCCUCUUCAAGAUCAGCAGUCUUACAAAUGUGACACUUGUGAUAAAGCUUUUAGGAGUAAGUCAGCCUUACGGACACAUCAUCGUGUUCACACUGGUAAAGAAACUCAUUCUUGCAAGAUCUGUGGGGAAACUUUCAGUUGGAAGUCAAUCCUGACUCUUCAUACAAGACGCCACAAAGAUGACAGGCCCUUUUCUUGCAAAAUAUGUGGAAACAGGUUCUUUAACAUGUCAGCCCUGAGAAAGCACUCUCUUAUUCACACAGGCGAGAGGCCUUUUAAGUGCGACACAUGCGGCAAAUCUUGCAGAUCUAAGUCUGACUUGAACGUCCACAUGAGAACCCACACAGGUGAGAGGCCUUACUCCUGUGGCAUGUGUGGGAAAUCCUUUAAUCAGAUAUCUCAUUAUUACAGUCACAUUAAAAUUCACACAGGCGAGAAGCCAUUUAGUUGCAAAACAUGUGGGAAAAGAUUCCAUCGGAUAUCACAUUUGAAGGCGCAUGUUUGGACUCAUGAAAAUCGGUUCAUGUGCAAAACAUGUGGCCAGUCUUGCAGAGAUAGUCAUGAGUUGAAAGCCCACAUGGGAGCCCAUACAGGUGAGAGGCCUUACUCCUGCGAUAUCUGUGGGAAAAGCUUCAUUCAUAUGUCACUUUAUCAUAGUCACAUUAAAGUACACUCAGAUGAAAGGUUGUUUACAUGUGAGACUUGUGGCAGUUCCUUCAUGAAUUGUACCAAACUAAAGAAACACAUGAAAGAUGUCCAUGAAGGUGGGAAGCUUUAACUUAACAUCAUCUGUGAGCUCAGGCACUGUCUUGUGUACAACCCUUAUUUUGACAUCUCUCCAUUAAUGCAUGUCCACUGGCUCCUGUUUGUGCAUGCAUUUUUGUAGCAACCACAGAGUGUAGAAAGUGAAGUCUGAAGAUGUUUCCUUUUGAAAAGAGAUGUCUGAUCUGAAUGUGACUAACAUUCCUAAAUAAAGGUGAAAUAAAGAAGUGUUGAAUA